UUGGUAAUAACAAGAAUCAAAUGCCGCCAUAUCAUCAACCGCAUUAUUUGACUAUAUUAUGAGAAAUCUAAUUUGUUCCUGAACCGGAUAUACAUGCGUAGAGGAGAGCUGACUGUCACAUGACUGCGGGCGACAACAUGGCGAUCAGUCCGGAUUCCGCCUGCUACAGGUUCCUGGUGCUGUUCUUCAACUGCAUGUUGACGUUCGGCUCCUACUUCUGUUUUGACAUGCCCAGUGUUCUACAGGAUGUAUUCCAAGGGCCAAUAGAAUGUGUCAGAAAUGCCACGGCCAACCAUACUGAUGGCAGCUGGUACAACCUGACCAAGAGUUGUGAGGAGGGACUGGGCAUGUCGUCGGAGGAGUAUAACUUACUGUACGCCAUCUAUGCUUGGACGAAUGCAUUGGUGGUCAUAGCAGCGGGAUUCCUCAUCGAUAAGCUGGGCAACAGGAUUGGUGUGUUCCUGUUCUCUGGGCUGUGUGUGGUGGGCUCGUCCAUAUUUGCCAUUGGCACCAUGUUCAAGGGCACCAAGUACAUGCUUCCCCUCAUGCUUGUAGGGCGGCUGCUCUUUGGCUCAGGAAAUGGCUCUCUCACAAUUGUACAGAACAGAAUCACAGCCUUCUGGUUCAAGGGAAAAGAGCUGGCAUUGGCAUUCGGUCUGACGCUGACUGUGUCUCGUCUGGGUAGUGUGCUGAAUUUCUUUGUGACAGAAAGUUUUGAGGAAAAGUUUGGACUGGAUUGGACCUUAUGGGGAGGUGCAGUCCUGUGUGGCCUGGGUUUUGUUUCAGCUGCUAUUGUCAGUGCUCUGGAUGUUGUAGGGGUACGGAACCUUGGACAGACGGAAAAUAUGGCUGUUCAGUCCAAGAAAAUGAGGUUCACAGAUAUCAAGUACUUUACAGGAUCCUUCUGGCUGCUGGUACUGACAAUUAUGUUCUUCUAUAAUGGAGUCUUUCCCUUCGUAGCUGACGCCAGCAACUUCAUCCAGGACAAAUAUCACUACCCCCCUGACACCUCCUCGUAUUUUGCUGGUGCCAUAUACUUUGUGUCCAUGGUGGCUUCAGCACUCAUUGGGAUAGCUAUUGAUUUUGUAGGUUACCGAGGUAUCCUGGCAGUGACCUGUGCUGUACUGACCAUCCCGGUGUUUGGACUCCUGGCCUUCACCUAUGUCCAUCCUCUGGUCUGUACCAUCUGGCUGGGAGUCAUGUACUCUAUUGCUGCUGCGAGUUUGUGGCCGUCCAUCCCCCUGGUGGUGUCUCAGGCCACCCUCGGGACAGCCAUGGGACUGACCACGUCUGUACAGAUGAUCGGCAUCGGGAUCUGUAACCUGGUCAUCGGAGCUCUGCUGGACAAGCACGGAGAUGAGCCCAUCCCCCUGUACCGGUGGAAGUACAUGAUCAUCUUCCUGUUUGCCAACACUCUGGCCUGUGUGGCUACCUCUGUCUUACUCAACAUCGUGGACAGGAGAUCGGGUGGUGUGCUGAACUUCUCCAAGAUGAGGUCUGCGAGGGAACUGCCCCUGAAGGACCCAGACGAUCUACAGGACACACACGACGAAGAGGAGGGGGAAUACGGGGAGACAGACAGGCUGCUGGCUCCAGGAGCGCGCUCUGUCAACUGAGAGCGGAACUGCAGCCAAGCUGUACUAAUCGCAUUUGUAACCGCACAAACCUUGAGAACCAUAAUAUUAUGAUUAGAUGCAAUGCAAUGUAGGUAGUUUGCUUCUCAAGUAACAAGUAAAGCAGGUGAAUUAUGAAGGACAAUUCAUUUAGUUAGUAUUGCAAUGCAACUUUGCUUUGGCUUAGAUUUUCAGUCACGCACACUGUGUACCCCCUAGUCUCGGUUUACUUUUUAGUGAAUUGGAUUUUUUUACAUACAGAGGUUUGAUGUUGGACAACCAGUACUGCCAGUUUCAAGUCACCAACUGAAAUGAAGAAUACAACCCUUCACACCACACUUCAGCAAGAAUGACUAGAUUUUGUAUUCUCACUUUGUCAGGUAUCCUGUAUUGGACAUGUACAUGGCACCAAUCAGUUGGUAGACAAACGGUUUAUGCCACUAGUUUAUAGUUUAUAGAGUACAUAGUUUAUACCAAAGCUCUGAGAAUAUUAUACAAUGCUAUGUGAACUUAAAGACUUUUAAGGUGUCACAUUUGUGUAUUGCUCACAUCUGCGAAAUUGUUGAAAUUGUCAAGUGAUGCAGAAAAUUUAACCUAAAAGAUGAAUGUAAAAGAUAUGGCAUAAGACUUCAGUACUUAAGUCCAUGUUUAGAACUCAAGAAAAUCAUGAGCUUUGAAGUAUGAUUCAGAGUAUAUGUCUGGGACUAAUCAGAUUUGUAGCUAUACUCUGUAAACUAAUGUCCAUGUACAUGUAUAUCAAAUUGCACUCUUUUAGAAAUUGGAGCUGAGAUUUAGAAUACACAGAUAAUACAGUCGGCACAAGUGUAAGAGUGAAUACUUUCCAUGCCAUGGAUAGAUCCUUAUCAAUGGUUAGUUCUCUCACAGCCUAAUGCUAGAACAAAA